AUGCUGAGGAUGACUCCGCUGAAGCCGACGCACCCCGCCGAGCCGCCGCCCGAGGCAGAGGAGCCCGAAUCGGACGCGCGGCUGGGCGCAAAGGCGCCUCCGCGCCGCCGCCGUGACUCGCCCCCGCCGCCGCCGCGCGGGCCGCCGCGGGGUCCCCUGCCGCCGCCGCCCGGGGGGCUCAGGCCGCCUGUUGCUGGCGGGCCGCCGGCGGCGGGGGCGGGCAUGCCGGGCGGCGGCGGCGGCGGAGGGGGGCCCGCGGCGGCGGCGACGGCGCUGCGCGAGCAGGAGCGAGUGUACGAGUGGUUCGGGCUGGUGCUGGGCUCGGCGCAGCGCCUGGAGUUCAUGUGCGGGCUGUUGGACCUGUGCAACCCGCUGGAGCUGCGCUUCCUCGGCUCGUGCCUGGAGGACCUGGCGCGCAAGGACUACCACUACCUGCGCGACUCGGAGGCCAAGGCCAAUGGCCUCUCGGACCCGGGGCCGCUGGCUGACUUCCGAGAGCCCGCCGUGCGCUCUCGCCUCAUCGUGUACCUGGCGCUGUUGGGCUCGGAGAACCGGGAAGCUGCCGGCCGUCUGCACCGCCUCCUGCCCCAGGUGGACUCGGUGCUCAAGAGCCUGCGCGCGGCCCGGGCCGAGGGCUCGCGGGGCAGCGCGGACGAUGAGCCGGCCGGCGAGGACGGCGACGCCGAGCAGGACGGUUCCGGCCCGGAAGGCGGCGGCGCGGAGCCCCGGGCGGGAGGCGUGCUGGGCUCCAGGGCCCAGGAGGAGCUGCUGCUGCUGUUCACCAUGGCUUCGCUGCACCCGGCGUUCUCCUUCCACCAGCGGGUCACCCUGAGGGAGCACCUGGAGCGGCUCCGCCACGCGCUCCGCCGGAGCCCCGAGGACGCGGAGGUGGAGCCCUGCAACUUUGCCGGCCCCAAGGCCCAGAAUGACUCUGGUCAUGGUGAUUAUAUGCAAAGUAAUGAGACUGGUUUAGUAGAACAAGCCACAAUACCUCAGGAUGGACUUACUGUGGCUCCUCACAGAGCUCAGCGAGAAGCUGUACACAUCGAGAAGAUAAUGUUGAAAGGAGUACAGAGAAAAAGGGCUGACAAAUAUUGGGAAUACACUUUCAAAGUAAAUUGGUCUGAUCUUACAGUCACAACAGUAACAAAAACCCACCAAGAACUACAGGAAUUUCUACUGAAGCUUCCAAAGGAGUUGUCUUCAGAGACUUUUGACAAGACCAUCUUAAGAGCCCUGAAUCAGGGUUCCUUAAAAAGAGAGGAGCGGCGACACCCUGAUCUGGAGCCCAUCCUAAGGCAGCUAUUUUCAACGUCAUCCCAAGCUUUUCUGCAGAGUCAGAAAGUACACAGCUUUUUCCGGACCAUAUCGUCAGACUCUCUUCACAGUCUCAAUAACUUACCAUCCUCUCUGAAGACUUCUAAGAUUUUGGAGCACUUAAAAGAAGACAGCUCAGAAGCUUCAAGUCAAGAAGAAGAUGUGCUGCAGCACACCAUAAUCCACAAGAAGCAUACCACAAAAAGUCCCGUUGUGAACAGUAUUGGUACAAGCUGUUCUCCAUUGGAUGGAUUUGCCAUGCAGUAUUCUGAACAGAAUGGAAUUGUGGAUUGCAGGAAGCAAAGCUGUGCCACCAUUCAGCACCCAGAGCACUGUGUGACCUUAGCUGACCAGCAUUCUGCUGAAAAACGGAACUUAUCUUCAGUGAAUAAGAAGAAAGGAAAGCCACAAAUAGAAAAGGAGAAAAUUAAGAAGACUGACAACAGAUUGACUAGUAUAAAUGGUAUUAGACUCUGCACUCCUCAGCAUGCCCAUGGUGGUACUGUGAAAGAUAUGAAUUUAGACAUUGGAUCUGGACAUGACACAUGUGGAGAAACAUCUUCAGAAAGUUACAGUUCUCCGUCUAGUCCACGACAUGAUGGAAGAGAAAGUUUUGAAAGUGAAGAAGAAAAGGACAGAGACACUGAUAGCAAUUCAGAGGAUUCUGGAAAUCCAUCGACAACCAGGUUUACAGGUUAUUGUUCUGUCAACCAGACUGUCACUGUCAAGCCGCCUGUUCAUAUUUCUUCACUAGGAAAUGAGAAUGGAAACCUUUUAGAAGAGCCCUUGAACUCACCCAAGUAUCCACAUAUUCCUUUUAUGCCAACUUUACACUGUGUCAUGCACAAUGGUGCCCAGAAGUCUGAAGUUGUCAUUCCUCCACCCAAAUCUGCAGAUGGCAAAACAAUAGGGAUGCUUGUUCCUAGUCCUGUUGCUAUUUCUGCAAUAAGGGAGUCCACAAACUCAACCCCUGUUGGAAUUCUAGGGCCAACAGCCUCUACUGGAGAAUCAGAAAAACACUUUGAAUUGCUGGCUUCCCCUCUUCCUAUUCCAUCAACCUUCCUUCCACAUAGUAGUACUCCUGCUUUGCACCUAACAUUUCAGAGGUUAAAAUUGCCACCACAGGGAUCUUCUGAGAGUUGCACCGUUAAUAUCCCACAACAACCCACCGGAAGCCUAAGUAUCGGAUCACCAAACACUGCCUUUAUUCCUGUCCAUAACCCAGGUAGCUUCCCAGGACCUCCUGUGGCUACCACGGACCCCAUCACAAAAUCUGCUUCCCAGGUGGUAGGACUAAAUCAAAUGGUGCCUCAAAUUGAGGGAAACACAGGGACAGUCCCUCAGCCUACCAAUGUGAAGGUAGUUCUUCCAGCAGCUGGCCUCUCAGCUACACAGCCACCAGCUUCCUAUACUUUACCAGGCUCUCCCCUUGCUGCCAGUGUGUUACCCACCCAGAAUUCCAGUGUGCUCAACACAGCAGCCACUUCUGCCCAACCAGCAAGUGCAGGAAUUAGUCAGGCCCAGUCCAGUGUUCCUCCUGCAGUUCCUACCCAUACCCCAGGCCCUGCCCCAAGCCCAAGCCCCGCUUUAACACACAGCACUGCACAGAGCGACAGCACAUCUUAUAUCAGUGCUGUGGGGAAUACGAACGCUAAUGGGACAAUAGUGCCACCACAGCAGAUGGGCUCAGGUCCUUGUGGUUCUUGUGGGCGAAGGUGCAGCUGUGGGACCAAUGGAAACCUUCAGCUAAACAGUUACUAUUACCCCAAUCCAAUGCCUGGACCAAUGUACCGCGUCCCAUCCUUCUUCACUCUGCCAUCCAUUUGCAAUGGCAGCUACCUCAACCAAGCACAUCAGAGCAAUGGAAACCAACUUCCUUUUUUUCUGCCUCAGACUCCAUAUGCAAAUGGACUGGUACAUGACCCAGUCAUGGGGAGCCAAGCCAACUAUGGCAUGCAACAGAUGGCAGGAUUUGGGAGAUUCUAUCCUGUAUAUCCAGCACCUAAUGUAGUUGCCAAUACAAGUGGUUCGGGGCCCAAGAAGAAUGGGAAUGUCUCAUGUUACAAUUGUGGUGUGAGCGGACACUAUGCCCAGGACUGUAAGCAGUCAUCCAUGGAGGCCAGUCAACAAGGCACUUACAGACUGAGAUACGCACCUCCCCUCCCCCCUUCUAAUGAUACGUUGGAUUCUGCAGACUGAAACAAGUAAAGCUUGCCUACUUAAUACACUCAAGUGUGGGGAGUCAUGGGGUAUGGAGGGGAGGAAAGGAAAGGUAUUUUGUUUGUUUCUUUGUCUAUACAUUUCCUAAACUUCUAUGCAGUUGGGAGUUUUCAUUUCUCUUGUACCAAUGUCCAAAAUAAGAAAGAAUGAAAUGCUUCUGAGCCUCUGGUCUCCUGGUUCAACAACAGGCUUAUAUGUGUGAUACAUGUAACUUAAACUUCCUGACAAACUUAUCAAAAAGGAAAAUGUUGAUGCGUGCUUUUUUUUUUUACACUGAAUACUUGCUGUGUGUAAUGUUUACUGAAUCUUUAAAACUGUGUAUUUGACCUUUUUUACAACACUGGUGACAGUCAUAUGGUUUUGGGGAAAAAAAAAAAAACCCAAUAACUUUGCUUCUUCCCUAGCUUUUCUCACUUUCACCCUAAACUACAUUUUUCUGACAGCCACUCUCACCCUUUCCCUGUCUCUCGGCAGGAGUGCCCAGCAGUGUACUUGUCUGCACUUGUGUAAACUGCUCUACAUAUAAACCAAGGGCAAAAUGUUUCACCCUAGUCCUUCGGGAGAAGUCAAAUUCCCAAGAUAGUAUGUAUAUAUGUAAUAAAAGCAUCAUGCAAAUACAUAUAUGCAGUGCUUAUUGUCAAAUAAACAGGAAAGUAAGUGGAGAGAGAGGAAGAAGUCAAACCAUAUGAAGCUGAAAAAAAAUGACAUUUGAAAUGGACAAAAAGGUUUUUCAGAAAAGAAAACAACUUUUUCCUUCUAUCAUACCUUUCUAGCCUGUUGCUUCAGAGAGACACAAAAUAAACACACUGGUGUGAAUGUUCUCUGUGUGCUUGUGUUUGUGGUGAAAGGAGACAGCCAGUUCAACCUGUCAUCUACCACAGUGUCCUGGUCAAAGACACAACUUGAGUAAAGAUUUCUUCUUUUGCUAUACCAACUGUUACAGUGUUAUGUUGUGUUUAAAUAUGUGUGCUUUGUUGCAAUCUGAACAGAAGCUAUGGGUUUCUACAAAACGUCAGGUAUUUGUUCCCUAACUUGUCUCUUGUAGCAAAGUCACUUUUAUAACUGUUUACCACUAUGCUUGAUUAUAAUGUGAAAGACUGAAUUCUGAGUGUGUUAAGAUGGUGUUAAUCAUGUCAGUGUCAUGUCACUAAAGUUUAAUGCUGCUGUUUAAAAAAAAAAAAGUUUUUUUAAAAGCCAAUCUAUGUACUAAAUUGCUUCCAGGUAAUUUGAUUUCCUAAAGUGCACUGAAGUUAUCUGGAAGAUUGAGUUUAUUUUUUGGUGACUGCUGCAUUCAACAGCAAUGAACAGCUACCACUGUAGUCAUAAGUUUAAGGGUGAGGGUUUUUCCCCAUUCCUCAGCACAGAGCAGAAAUGAUAGCUUUUUGUCAUGGGGUAGUAAUGUUGGUGUGCAGCAGAGGAACUUAAUAUAUGGUGUUGGUUCAGAAGCCUGACAUUGCUAGACAAAAGGAAAAACUUGAAGAGAAAAGAAGCUUAGUUUAAUGCUUCAGAAGUAGCAUUUAUAUUUAUAGCACCAAUGUACAUUUUGAAACUUUCAGGGGUGGGAGUUCUGGGGAAGGGAAAGGGGUGUGAAGGGGUAGAUGAAAGCUUUAAUUUAGAAAGAAAAAUUCGAGUAAAGGAAAUUAUUUUGAUUAAAUAUUAUAUUUUAUUUGAUCUGGGUAUUUUUGGAGCACAUUAUUAAUUAAUUGUUAAGCUGCAGUUGAGUUGUUCAGGUGAGAGUGUUGAUAAGCCACGUGUGAGCGCGUCGUGAAUCACUUGCCAGUUGUACUUUAUGGAGCUUGUUUUAUGAUUUAAAAUACUGUACUGUACAUAGGAGGUGUGUUACCUUCUCCUUAUUUGUAUGUUUACCAUAUACUUUGAUAUUUGAAAUGUUAUGUACUGGAAAGGCCACUUAUAUUUCUAGAACAGAUUGGAUUUUAUGCAACCUUUUUCCUUGAAUUAACAGCAAUAAAAAAA